UGCGUGCGUGUUCAUAUGCGAGAGCAGGACACUUGGGAGGUGCACGAAGCACAAGUUGAGGUGCAUGUGGUGCUACCAAGUGGAGAGACUUCACCUGUAGUCAUCCCCAACACGUCCCCUACGCACAGCGUGCUGCAGGCUGUUGGUGUAGCUGUAGGGAUACCAGAUGAUCUGCUUCCCAAUUUUGGUCUCUUUUUGGGACACUCGGAGGGGGAAAGGCAGCUAACAUUGGUGCGGCGGCUGCAGGAGUUUGAGUUGCCGUUUGUAUCCGUGAUCAGCUCGCCCAUCAAAGGAUCCUGCCUGUUCCUUCGCACCAGCUACCUGGACAGGGAAUUAGACAAGUUCUUGAUGGCUGACGCUGUAGGGCUCAAGCUCCUUUACCAACAGGCCGUGGCUGAUAUUAAACGAGGCUGGUGUGAAGUUGAUGCAGCACAGAAACAGAAACUUGCCGAGUUGCACAAUCAUGGCACAUUCGAGGAGUUUUUGCGAGUGGCGCAGUCGCUUGCACAGUACGGCUGUGUGCGCCUGGACAAGUGUGAGUGCGACUGGCCUGAACCAGACAGCCGGGCUGCGGUGCGUGCCGGUGGUGGAGUUCUGGCUUGCCGCUCCACUCGCCCCGGUGGCCAGGGGACCACGGAGGAGGGUACCUUCAGGGUGACGCGCAUUCGCAGCUGGACCGUCACCAGCCGGAUCUUGGUAAGUGGUGAGGAAGGUGGUGGAACAGAAGGGGGCUCUGGCAGUGUUCUGGAACUGGCCUUCGAGUACCUGGUGCGACCCGACACACUCCGUUGGAUCAAGCUACGCACGCAGCAGGCCAUUGCACUCAGCCUGUGCUUACAAACCAUGGUGAAUGAGAUCCUGCAGCAGCGAGCCGGGCGAGACAAGGAGAAGAUGAGUUCAGGAGCAGCAUCGGACAGCACCCAGAUAUCUGUGAAUGGAGCCAAAGACCCAAAGGUUAAUGGAGAGCACGCCCUCAUCAGACCAGCUCCGAGCAAACAUAUGGACUCCUCCUUGGGACUUUCACUCAGGCUGCCGGGAAUCAAGAAAGCUGACAACGUGCACAGCAAUGACGCAUUUGAGGGUAUAGGGGAAGAGGACCUUUAGCCAUGUGACCUGGCCUGUGAGCUUCGGCGAGGGCCCUCUAGGGUAACAGAUGCAAGCACUAAGUGCUGACUUCUCGUCAGCAUUUACUUUGUUAAAAGAAUAAUUUCACAACUAGGGUAACAGAUGCAAGCACUAAGCGCUGACUUCUCGUCAGCACUUUGUUAAAAAAAUCAUUGUUUUCAUGUUUUUUUAAUCCAAAAGCUGCCUUUACGCAAACGAGAACAUAUCUGUUGAACUCCUUGCUGUGCUGUGAGUUGUGGUCUUAAGAGGGGCUUCCUGAACGUGUGAAGAGCUUGAAUUGCCCGUGGACAGAAAAAGACAAUUUGAAGACUUGUGAGCACUUAGCAGAUGCAUUGUGUGCUUACUGUUAGAGAGGAAGUUACAACAGUAAGCAGUGUGACUUCCAUUUGAGUUUAACACAAAGGAGUGUCAUGGACAAAUUUCUUGUGUAAUUUUCACUACAUCACAAGCAUCUUCCAUCAUACAUGAAUGUUGUGCUGAAAUUUUCGAAUUGAUUGGAAACUUCCAGCAAAUUGGAAGUGGUGCACUAUAAUUGAACCUGUAGGCCUCUGAGCAGGCAUUGAUGUCUUAAUGCCCAUUAAAGCCUCGUGUGUUUUGCAGAGUGGGAAAGGUUGGGGAUUUAGCGCAAAUGCUCCCAAGAUUCUUCCCUGCAAGGUUUACACACAUUUCAUUGACAUUCCUCUUCAAGAUCCUGUGCAAGUGCUCUUAACAGCAAAACUGGACACAGGUGAAUGGAUAAAUGCCUGUGCCCACUGGUGCCUUAAUCACACUGAGUAGUGCGAGCUCCAACUUAACUAUUUCAAUGUUGGUUCUUAAUGAAAGAUGCAUUUUGUAAUAGAAAUUCACCAUUAUAGCUAUACCAAAUAAAGCAUUUCAAUAUCAUA